AUUUUUGCGGUGGUCAUUUUCGGACCAUGGCCUCCAAGCAACUCACCAAGCCAACGACCGCGACGAAGCAAGCGCCCGUCGGCCAGACGAAGCAAGCGCCCGUCGGCCAGACGAAGCGUGCGCGUGAGGAGGAUGACGACGGCGAUGCCCAAGCACAUGGGGAGGACGAGCAUGUGAAGAAGACCAAGACGACGCGGGGCGAGAAGCUCGAGGACGGCUCGAUCGCGUUUGACCUCUCGGCCAAGAAGCAGGUCACCGUGCGCUCGUGGAAGAACACGAUCUUCGUCGACGUCCGCGAGUACUACGACGCGGGCGGCGAACGCAAGCCCGGCAAGAAGGGCAUCUCGUUCUCCAAGGACCAAUACAAGAAGAUUGCCGAGCUCACGGCCGACAUCCACGCGGCGAUCGCCGAGGUCCAGGACGACAUUGCUGGCGACUACGCCCACGCCAAGCUCAAGGGCGCCGAAGAGGGCUCGAUUGCGUUUGCUGUCUCGACGAAGCGCCGGGCGACGAUCCGCAAGUUCAAGAGCAUGCUUCUCAUUGACUUCCGCGAGUUCUACGACAAGGACGGGGUUCAGAUGCCCGGCAGCAAGGGGAUUUCGCUCUCGAUCGACCAGUGGAACAAGUUCCAGGAGCUAGCGGACGACAUUGAAGCCGCCGUCGCGAGCAUGUAGGACGGGUGCCACGAAUAUAUAUUAAGGGUGUUCGCUCUCAUCAUCUACCACGAAUACGUCGCUACGCAACAAAAGGCGC